GGUAAAACGUCUCACAGAACUCGACACGUUUGACGGGCACCUGUUCGCAGCAAUUGAAAUCCACAAUCCAGCCACUGCUUUCCUCUCCGCAACCUCAUCACCUCACCGGCAUACCCUGGAUUUCCUGCCGACCUCACCAAAUCGACUUUUUCCCACCUUCACUCUCUCACAUCACCCAUUUCCACUCUUCAUCCUUGGUUCGAUUGCGGCACUCGUCGACGCGACGCACAACAUUGGAUUGCUCGGUCAAUUCGUAGGACGACUCGAUCAAUCUGUACCGCGACUCGACAACACAUACCCAUCGAUUCACAAUGAAGCUCAGCAUCACCGCAAUUUUCGCCUUUGUCGGCGCCAUUACUGUGGCCGCGGAGGAGUUUCCGGCCAACAUGCCCCAGUGCGGCAGAGUUUGCGGCAAGAACAUGUUGGAGAAGGCCUCCGAGUUCCACUGCGACUCCAAGGACAUCGGCUGCAUGUGCAAGGACAAGAACUUCGGAUACGGCAUCCAUGAUUGCUCGGUCCAGUCUUGCCCUACCGUUGAAGAUGCCAACAUUGUCAUUAACUGGGGCAACAACCUCUGCUCCAACGCCGGCUCUCCGGCCAACAUCCCGUCGGCCACUGCUGUUGGAUUUAGCGGUGCCGCGCCUAGUCCGGUGACGACCUCAGAGGUGGUCCUCACCAUUACCAGCGGUUCUUCGACCAUCGUGACGACUUCGGUGACCACUGUGCUUGGUCCUGGUGGCGGCUCCAACGCUAGCAUUACCCCCACGGCCGUCACUACCAGCACCUGGACUUCGGUCUUCACCAGCGGCUCGGUUACCACCACGCUUACUGGGGAGACCACCGUCUCGGGCGUUAGCGGCGUGGCGGGUGCCACCUCGGUGACGCAGACUACCGUGACUUCGCCGAUAGUUACGACGGAGACUAGUGGCUCUUCGACUUUCGAGACCACGGUGGGAUCUACGACCAUCGUGGCCAGCGUCACGGGCGACGUUCUGAGCAGCGCUCUGUCCAGCACCAGCAGUGGCCAGGGUGCCCAGAUGACCGCGGCUCCCGCUCUCGGCGUCCUUGCGGCCGCCGGACUCGCGGCUGCCCUUCUCUGAGUCCGCUAUGGCUAGCGUGGCGAUCUGUGCCAACUUUUUCUUUCUCUGAUGAUUUGUCUUUUGAUCGGUGCUUUACGAUUGCACGGCCACCGGGCGGAAGGACGCACGAUACCGAUGUUAAUGACUAUUGGGACAGUGGUUACGGAAUGGAACCCCGGUUUUCAUGGUCGUUAUUCGCCCUGAGAUGCCACCAUAUACCCGCCGUCAGGUUUUUGAAGCGGGCAUGGGUUGCUGUAUGUACAUAGGAUGUAGAUUGGGGCGUUUUCGAGAUUACGGAGAGAUACCCGCGAUGGGUACAAACUGUGAUUUGCCAUUCUGAUUGAGGGACCCAGGGGGUAAUAGUGAACUUU